AUGAAGAGGGAAAUGCACGUGUGUACUACUUUAUCUCGGUCUCGAGCCCACGGUGCAUGUGUAUUGAAGGGCGAGUUCCACCCCAAGCGUGUCAGCCAUCGUCACUCGCUUUCGAAUCUAGGAGACUCCGCAUUCGCAGACUUGGCAAACGACGUCUGUUACGAACUCUUGAGGCGCCACCCGGAGAUCGAGCCUCAGACCGCUGAGUAUCUAUUUGAUGAGCCAGUUUCUGGCGACGACGGCUGGGAGAGCUCGAGUGCCCUUCGUGCAUCCAGAACGAGCACAUCUUCGUCGCUUCCGUCGCUGUCCCUUGGUUCGGCAACUCAGUCCUCGUCGACCCUGGCAUUCUUGUCGCUGAUGUCCGAAGAGACCUUCCCACCCCACACCCGCGACAUUAUGAAGGGGUACGCGAUUGUUCCAGAACGGGACGACGAAGACGACGGGGACGGGCUGUCCUUCGUUUCGGACGUGCACCCGUCCUAG